AUGCCGAGACCCCUGCCGAUUCCUGUCGGGAAACGGGAAGGCCAGCCACUAGUCGCGACCGCUAGUGUGGUUGGCCCCUCGAAUACCGCUACCGGUCGCCUACUAUUCGUCAAGGAUCGCUCCCAGUCCGUCGAGUUCCUUGUCGACACCGGCGCCGCCGUCAGUGUUCUUCCUCCGUCAUUCGUAACUCUGUCUCGUCGUGUUCAUCGCAAUAGCCCUCGCCUCCGUGCAGCGAAUCAGAGCAGCAUCGCCACGUACGGUCAGCAGCUGCUAGAUUUAGACUUAGGUCUCCGACGCACUUUCAAAUGGGUCUUCGUCGUUGCUGACGUCAGCUAUCCGAUCCUGGGUGCGGAUUUCCUUGGCCACUUCCAACUCACUGUCGACCUGGCCGCCAGAUGUCUCCGGGACUCCACUACUCAACUUGCCGUUGUCGGAUCCGCCUCGGAUGUCAGCACCUCCGCUACCAACCUGCUGGACACUGAUAGCCCUAGUGAGUAUUCUGCCCUGCUGAGUGAGUUUCCUGACCUUGUCCGACCGACCACUGGUGACUCGCCUGUCAAGCACAAUGUGACACACCGCAUAGUCACAGAUGGCCACCCCGUCCACGCUAAGCCUCGCCGUCUGGCACCCGACCGCCUUGCUGUCGCUAAGUUCGCAGUUCGGCCAGGAUGA